UAGAAGUUCUUACAUAUGGCUGUUCCAUUAAAAGCACUCACUCACAGUGCUGGGUAUCUGUUAGUCGGUUCGGUUGCCUUGCGCGUUCCUUCUCGCUGUAACCUUGAUGUGUGGCUGUUGCAUAACCAAGAAAUGCGAAUCUGGUCCAAAACUCAUGCGAAAACCAGUCCGUGCCACACCCCUCCACUUUUGGCUGGGCACCUAGACGAAAGUGAAAACUCGUUCGAAUUUCCAUUUCCCAGCAAAAGCUGGGAAAACCACAGGAUAUCGAGAUGUAAGUAUUGCAUGUCAAAAUCUAAAACUGUGCAAAUCUCCGUCCCGAAAAGCGCUUGACUUCGAAUGGAAUGGCAGCGACAGACAACCAACUGACCAACAAUUUGGCGAACAUUUCGUAUGAAUACCAUAGUCAUGUUGUAUGGAAAGCCAAAUCGACUUUUAAUCAACAGCGACUAAGUUAAGUACGUGCCCCUCGAUUAAUGCCUACUCCAAGUGUGAAGUAAUUCGGUCAUUCUCGGGAAAUUCGACAAGGCAGAGAUGCUACCGAAGCAGCCGAAACCAGCGGCUUAUCUUUCCGCGUAUUCUUCCGAAUCGCAUUGUAUUAGCCACGUUAAGAGUUCGCCGGCCCUGCCCUGAUUACCGAGGGUAGCAAUGCCUCCGAUUAUGGGUAAGUGCUGGAAAGUACCCGCUGUUCGUACUAACUCGUCGGACGCGCAGAUAAUGAAUACGCGAUUCCGAAUGGAUAACGCACAGGAGGAUUUGCCAGUGUGUAUAAAUGGGCUAGGGAAGGGCGAUUCGCUAAACAGUCGUAAACUAGGAACUCGAGGAGAAAGAUGAUCAAGCUAUUGGCUAUAUUGCUGACCGCCGGACUGGCGGUGAUCCAAGGAGCGCUACCGCCGUCCCAACUAUCCAGUAAUCUAUGGACGCCGCACGAUGUGCCCACCAUGGCGGAUUACGAACGGCUCGUGGAUCUGCGCUCCCUGGCCAUGGAGUUCUAUCGCGAAUUCCGAAACAUUUCAACGGCGGAUGUGCAUCUGCUGGGUGAGCGGAUUGGACCGCAAGAUCUACAGUGCCUGGCGGAUAUGGUCCAGUUUAUGAGUGCCCUAAGUGCGCCCAAGGCGUGGGCCCUAAAAAUGCUCGACGCGUGGGGCACCAUUCCAUCGGGUUAUCUCAUUGGCAACCGCGUCGACAUGGGCAACUACAGGGAGUGCAUGUCCGAGGGCGGAUUGCUCACCUCAGCGCAGGACAUCCAGGGAAAGUACUGCUUCAUGGAGCUGCCGGUCGCCAAGUGGUUGGGCUUCAAUUCGGAGCUGCUGAAGGAGAUCAGCAUAAGAACCGCUGUGUGCCUGCCCUCCUCCUGCUCGGCGAGCAACAUGGAGCUGUACCUCAAGCAACUGCUCAAGCGGCUGCUUGGCGUCAGUGAUGUGACCAACUUGUUUUCCAUCAGCGAGUCAUCGUGCCGAACCAAGGAUAGAGCACCCUGGGAUGGGCUCACCAUAUUCACAGUCGUUCUACUGUCCGUAUUCGGCGCCACGGUGAUCCUGUGCACCCUCUACGACUACUUCUUGUGUCCGGAGCAGGAUAAGCUGCCCCGGCCCAUCAGGGCCUUCUCAGCCCGUGCCACUUCGCGCUCGCUGUUCACCAUCGUGGAGAACUCGGCGAAUCCGAAUGUGAUCCACUGCCUCAAUGGCAUGCGGUGCAUGUCCCUGAUCUGGGUGAUCUUCAGCCAUGAGUACAUUGGCAACAUGAAGGGUCCCGCCAUGAAUCCAGUGGACAACCUGAUAUGGGCGUCGCAGUUCUUCUCGAGCUUCAUACUCUACGGCACCUUGUCGGUGGACACGUUCUUCUUCAUCGCCGGCUUGCUGCUGGUUUCAAUUGGCCUGCGAAGCAUGGAAAAGAACAAGGGAAAGCUGAAUGUGCCGCUGAUGUAUCUGCACCGAUAUCUGCGCCUUACCCCGGUCGUAGCCCUUGCCAUACUGUUUUUCUACAAGAUGAUACCCCUCUUCGCCGACGGUCCAAUGUAUGAUGAUAUCGGCUUCUUCGAAUACUCCGCGUGCAAGAAGACCUGGUAUUGGACCCUUCUCUACGUGCAGAACUACGCAACUUCCGAUGUGUGCGUGCCGCAUACCUGGUACUUGGCGGUGGACAUGCAACUGUACCUCCUGUCCCCGAUCCUGCUGAUCGCCCUCUACAAGUGGGGCAAGAAGGCGGCCGGAGGUAUCCUGGUGGUCACUUUGUUGCUCUCGGCCUGCCUGUUUUCCACCAUAAUGGUGAAUGACUUUCCCGUGAUGUUCAAAACUGGAAUUCAGGCUCAGGUGGUUCAGGAGAAGAUCUACUCCGCCACGCACACACAUGCGGCGCCCUGGUUGGUCGGCACUAUGUUCGGCUACCUCCUGCACCUGAUCCGUGGCCGGAGAUUCAAGCUCAGCCCCCUGGCUGUCUGGGCAGGCUGGCUGCUCAGCCUGGCCCUGCUCUUCACCUCGAUCUUCGCCUUGUAUCCGUACUCGAAGCUGCUGGGCAAAUCGCCCACGAUAUUGGAAGGAGCCCUCUACUACACACUGGUCCGGAUCGCCUGGCCCCUCGGUCUCUGCUGGGUGGUCUUUGCGUGCAUGCAGGGCUAUGGAGGUCUGGCCAACAGCUUCCUCUCCUCACCACUUUGGCAGCCGCUGUCCAAGCUCUCCUACGGCGCCUACAUCUGGCACAUCUUCGUCAUGGAAAUCGCCAACAGAAGCGUUCAGAACAAUACGUACUUCUCCAACUAUCAAAUGAUGCGUAACUUCUGGUCCACCUUUGGCUUCACCCUGCUGGUGACCUACGUGCUCUACGUUUUAAUUGAGGCGCCUCUGGAGGCCUUGGAAAGAAUGAUGUUUCCCAACCGCAGAAGCCCGCCAGCAGCAAAGGAUCAGCCGCAAAUCGAACCCCGAACGGAUGUCGUGGAGCAGAUAGACGGGAUGGACCCGGUGGAGCAGAUAGACAGUCCGACCCAGUCCGACCUGGAAACGAGUGCCAACAAAACGGAGACUGACCUCGAGUUAUCAAAUUAGACUUAGUUAGAAUGUACGCAACUUAUCAGUUCCUAUUUAACCUUUAUUAAAACGAAUCACUUGUAAUCUAUAGUUACAAU